AUGGCAUACAAGCGUCGCCGUCUGGGAUCGAGAACUUCGUCUCGACACCCGCCGUCACACCCGUCGUCUUCUGAACCCCAAAACCUCUCUCGGAUGAGCUCUGCCCCUCGAGCCAUUCCACCGUCUUCCCCAAGCUUACCAGCUCUUCCUCAACAGGGGAGACUAUCCCUCGGGCCUACGAGCUCACAUGUCUCCAUUGGCCUGUCAACCGGUGAUGAGGACGCUGUUUCUGCGCAUGACAUAGCAGAGACAGAUGCUGAUAUACAGAUACGUGAAGACUCCGAUGCUAUGAACGAGGUCAUUAUGGCAAUUGACAUGAAAGAACGUGGCACAAUUGGAUGUGCCUAUUACAUUGCUAGACAAGAAACUCUUUGCCUGAUGGAAGAUAUCAAGAUGGGCGGGCUUGAAAUUAUCGAUACAUUAAAGCUCCACGCCCAGCCUACUGUUAUUUUAAUCAGCACACGCUCGGAAGAGGGGUUAGAGGAGCAUCUUAAUAAGGAAGCUCGAGGAAUAGCCCGAGGGGAUGGAGCAAACGACAUCUUUGGCUCAUAUGUUCUUGAUUCUCGACCUUCCUCCGAUUUCAACUAUUUAGCAGCUAAAAACAGGCUCAUUAACCUUGAACUAAGCGCAGACGAGGCUCCCAAAAUUAUAUUCACAGCGCCUGGAGAGGAAUUGACUGGAGAUGCUGCGUAUGGCCAGUCCUCUCAAGGCGGUACUGGACGCCAAGGGCGAUUGAUGAGGCUAGCAGGCUGGAUAGACCUUGAAAGCAAGCUUACGGUUGGUUGUGCUGGAGCUAUAUUGGGCUACCUCACCCGACGCAGGACUACUGACUACCUUCCAAACGACCGAGCUGUUUUCAUCGAUUUCCGGAUCAAGUCUAUCGAGAUGUUUACUCUCUCAGACUUGAUGUUUGUUAAUUCGGAUACACUGGCAUCACUUCAGAUUAUCCAGUCAGAAAAUCACCCAAACUCACAUAUGCAGGGCCCAAACAGAUCCACCUCAGGGGCCAAAGAAAGCUUGUCUGUCUUCGGGUUAUUCUACCAUUUAGCGAGCACCCCGCAAGGGAAACAGAAGCUCCGACAGAUAUUCUUGAGACCUAGCAUGAACAUAUCCAUCAUUGGAGAGCGACUAACUACCAUUGGCGUCCUCUUGCAGUCCGAGAAUUCGCCAUUGCUGGAGAAGAUCUGCAAGAGCCUGAAGAAGAUAAAGGACAUCCGGUCUGUGGUCGUUCAUCUGCAGAAGGGAGUCAGCAAUGUUUCCAGCAAGUGCUUUACAAUUAAUAGGGGGAUCUUGGCCAGCAUACUGAAUUUUACCUUUCACACGUUGAAGGUUAUUGAAGCAGUGCGUGAGUUGAAUGAUGGUCAGACCUUGGCCGUUGCAACCAAACUUAUUGCUGAGAUACAACCUCAUUCGCUACAUCAGAUUGGGCAGAUGAUUACGCGGACUGUUGAUUUCCAAAGAUCUGCAGAACAGCAUCGAAUAGCAGUCCUACAGGGAGUAGACGUGGAACUCGACACUAUCAAGAGAACAUAUGAUGGAAUGGAUAGCCUUCUUACAGAGGUUGCUACUCAACUUUCAAACGAUGUACCGGAAUGGGCGUCUCAGUAUAUUGGAAGCUGCAUAUUCUUCCCACAACUUGGAUUCCUCACCGUUGUCCCCCUUGACCCAGAAACAGGCAAAGGCAGGUAUGAGGGCGAAGGAAUACAGAAUGAUAUAUGGGAGAGAAUGUUUGUCAGUAAUGACAUGGGGUACUACAAAAACCGGCGCAUGAAAGAGAUGGAUGAAUACUUUGGAGACAUGUAUGGCAUGAUUUGCGAUAGGGAGAUCGAGAUUAUCCACGGUCUAACCGUGAAAAUUCUGGAGCAUGAAGAACUCCUAAUCGCUGCUUCAGACCUUUGCGGAGAGCUCGAUAGCCUCGUUGCAUUAGCUUUGGGAGCCAGCAAAUACCGAUUCGUCUCACCACAUAUGACGACGGCAAACGUAAUUCGUAUUGAAGGUGGUCGCCAUCCAUUGCAAGAACUUACUGUCCCAUCCUAUAUUGAAAAUGACUGCUGGCUUUCGGGGGGUAUUGGAGAAGGAGGCGAAGACGAGCCUAUGAGCCCGUCUCCAUGUUCUGCAUCCGUCCAAGAAAGCGUUGAAUGUCCCAGUAUGCUCAUCAUGACCGGUCCAAAUUACUCAGGUAAAAGUGUUUACCUCAAACAAAACGCGUUGAUUGUGUACAUGGCACACAUUGGUAGUUUUGUUCCCGCUGAGAAGGCCACAAUUGGGUUGACGGACAAGAUUCUGACAAGAAUUGUGACUCGAGAAAGUGUUUCAAAGAGUCAGAGUGCUUUCAUGAUUGACCUUCAGCAAGUGGCUUUGUCAAUGACCUUCGCCACUCGUCGCAGUCUCAUAAUCAUAGAUGAGUUUGGAAAGGGAACCAACACUGUUGAUGGAGCUGGGUUAGCUUGCGGCGUCUUUGAAUACUUUCUCAACCUCGGUGUCCAUCGGCCUAAAGUCCUAGGAGCCACACACUUCCACGAGAUCUUUGAAAAUGGAUUCUUACAGGAAAGACCCGAGUUAUCAUUUGGUCAUAUGGAAGUCCGUGUCGACUUAAAUGCGGAGGUCGUAGAGGAUCAGAUCACGUAUUUGUAUAACUUCGUACCAGGUCGAAGCACUUCCAGUUUUGGUACUUGCUGCGCCAGCAUGAACGGUAUUGAUCCGGCUAUCGUGGAAAGGGCAGAUGAGUUGAUUGUCUUAGCAGCACGAGGAGAGGAUCUCAUAGCAGCGUGUGCAAAGGUUUCAGAUGAGGAAAUCAAAGAGUUGGAGGACGCAGAGCAGGUCGGAAGACAGUUCCUCGAGCAGGAUUUCCUACGUCUAGAUGAGAAUCUCCAUGACACCGGGAUUAAUGUCCGAAGCAUUCUUCAAGAGAUUAUUACCUUGGGUUCGAGUUAAGUUAUUGAUUAAUCUGUCUUGUCGCAUUUGCCUCACGGAAUAAAUUCUGC